GGGUUGUGCCUCCGCUUCCCCUUCCGGCCUCCGCUUCGCUUGGGUCCGCCAGCUCCCGUUAGUAUGGCAGAAGGGAGGAGAAGAGAGCGGCGGAGCCCACUCCUGUGGGCGUCAGUUGCUGCAUUAAUUUUGGUAGUUGAUGCAUCUUUCGUGGAAGACUUAGAUGACUCGUUUAAAGAGAACCGUAAAGAUGACAUUUGGCUUGUAGAUUUUUAUGCACCAUGGUGUGGCCAUUGCAAGAAGUUGGAGCCAGUGUGGAAUGAAGUUGGUAAAGAGAUGGGAAGCACUGGUUCACCAGUCAAAGUUGGGAAGAUGGAUGCAACUUCUUAUUCUAGCAUUGCCUCUGAAUUUGGAGUUCGAGGCUAUCCAACAAUUAAACUGUUAAAGGGUGAUUUGGCAUACAACUAUAGAGGACCCAGGACCAAAGACGAUAUUGUUGAGUUUGCAAACAGAGUAGCAGGGCCUAUUAUCCGACCCCUCCCUAGCCAGCAGAUGUUUGAACAUGUGCAAAAGAGGCAUCGUGUAUUUUUUCUUUACAUUGGUGGAGAAUCUCCAUUGAAGGAAAAAUACAUAGAAGUUGCUUCCGAACUAAUUGUUUAUACCUACUUUUUUUCUGCCUCAGAAGAGAUACUACCUGAGUAUGUGUCACUCCCUGAGAUGCCAGCUGUUAUAGUUUUCAAAGAUGGAACUUAUUUUGUGUAUGAUGAAUAUGAAGAUGGUGAUUUGUCAUCCUGGAUAAGCAAGGAGAGAUUUCAGGGGUAUCUUAAUGUUGAUGGAUUUACUCUGUAUGAACUUGGAGACACAGGAAAACUUGUGGCUAUUGCAAUUAUUGAUGAUAAAAACACUUCUGUUGAACAUAUUAGGUUGAAGUCUAUUAUGCAGGAUGUUGCAAAAAAUCAUAGAGACCACUUUCAUAGGAGCUUCCAGUUUGGCCAUAUGGAUGGUAAUGAAUACAUGAAUAGUUUACUAAUGGAUGAUCUGAAAAUCCCCACUAUAGUUGUAUUGAACACAUCCAAUCAACAGUAUUUCCUACCUCAUAAACCUAUUGAGAGUACUGAAGAUAUGGUUCAGUUCAUUAAUGAGAUCCUGGAAGGCACUGCAGAAGCACACGGUGGAGAUGGAAUUCUUCAACGGAUCAAGAGAAUAAUUUAUGAUGCCAAGUCUACUGUAGGAUCUGUUUUCAAGAGUUCCCCGCUUCUGGGCUGCUUUCUCUUUGGUCUACCACUGGGUGUCAUCAGCAUCAUGUGUUAUGGAAUUUGUAUGGCUGACUCUGAUGGAAGAUCAGAUGAAGUUGAGGCAUCUAAGAAGGACAGUGCAGGGCGGGAACUGACUGAUGAAGGCACUGAGGAAGAACAAGAGGAAGAAAACAGUGAGAACCGUCUAGAAUUUCCAGGUGUCCUUGAGGUGAAAAAUGUAGACCUAAACUGUGCUCAGAACUGCAGCAACCACCACACACAGUUUUUUAAUUCUAAUAAACUAAUUGUGAGAAGAGGCCAGCUGUUUGGGUUCUAUGUGCAUUUCCAAAACCGGGAUUGGGAUGAUGACAAGGACAAGAUCACAUUCACGGUGACAACAGGUCCAAAACCCUGCGAAUCCCUCGGAACAAAGAGCAUUUUUCCUUUAGGGGGAUGUCCAGAUCAAAGCCGUUGGAAUGCUUACUACAAACUCCAUAAUGAACAAUGCCUCCAUGUCAGUCUGUUCCCUCCCGCCAGUGCCUGUAUUGGCUGCUACACUCUGAAUAUGUGUCUAGUGUCAUGUGAACAUUCAAGCACCCAACAUCUGGGAGACUUUUAUGUUCUUUUCAACCCUUGGUGUUCCGAUGACCCUGUCUAUUUAGACAACCAUGCUCACAGAGAAGAGUAUGUCCUGAAUGAGCAUGGGAUUAUAUUCCAGGGGGUUCCCAAACAUGUAACUUCUCAUCCAUGGUAUUUUGGACAGUUCCAAGAUGGCAUUCUGGAUAUCUGUCUGAAAAUUCUGGACACAAGUACAAACUUCCUUCGUGAUCCUGGCAUGGAUUAUUCCUGUCGCAAUGAUCCUGUGUACAUCAGCAGGGUGUUGAACAGUAUGAUCUGUUGCCAUAAGAAGAAAAGCAUUCUGAAACUUCCACCCAGUAAUAACUACUUGCAGGGACACAAUCCUUUAAUGUGGAAUGGAAGUGCCCCUAUCCUCCGCCAGUGGUUUCAGAGCAAAUGCAAACCUGUCAAAUAUGGAUACUGCGGGACUUUUGCUUCAGUCCUGUGUACAGUUAUGAGAUGUUUGGGAAUCCCAAGCCGGGUCGUCACAGGCUUCUAUUGCCCUUUGAAUGCUGUUGAUCCUCUUGCUGUCCAGGAGGUUUAUGACUAUACAGGCAAAACUUUAAGUGGCAAAGAACACAUCUGGUAA